GCUGACAGUUAAAAACAAUUAUUUCGUGAAUUUUGUAAAUAUUACUACCAAUUUUUAAAAUGGAGGAGAAAGAGAUACAGGAAAAGCUUUACGAAGAGGCCCACAAAAUUAAGUUGGGCGAGGAACUGAAAAAGUCGCUAAUAGAAUUUGAGGAUCUUCCGGGAGUCAGCAAAGUGCAGAGAAAAAUUCAGCAGGAACUAAAGUUUCUAAAUAAGGUGAUUACCACAAAAUCCGUGAAGGAACACCACAUCACCAGUAGUAACUUUGUUUACUAUGAUUUCCUGAUAAAAACUCUGCGUUUGCAACAAGGAGUUACGGAUAUUAAUGCCGUAUUCCGCCUGGAAUCCAGGGAUAAUCCUCUAAGGGUUGAUAUAGUGGCCAAUAAUGGUCUCAAGUGGGUGAAGGUGAUAGCCAGGAAUUCGAAAUCCGUGGAGGAUGCCGCCAGGGGAUGUGUGAGCAUCGGAGCCCGAAGUGUUUUGGAUCAGGCGGAGGAUUAUCUGGAGGCCAGCGAACUGAGUUUCUGCAUGUUUCAGAGACCCAAGAUAGUAUUUUACUUCUCCAACAAAAUCGAGGACUCACUGCAUGAAGAGCUCCUCGAAAUGGGCGUACAAACGGCUUCCUUGGACUCUCCCGAUAUUGAUGUGGAUCAAUAUAACACCACCUCGAAUGAAUUGAACCUGGAUGUGACUACUUUACUAGCCUAUGUGAGUGCCCUGACCAAUGGCUCUGCGAAUUGGGUCUACAAGGAACCCCUGCUCACCGAACAAGCCGAAAGGGAAAGAGCCUCACCUCUAAAACCGCUGCUGGAGAAAAUCCUUGAGGGAAAAACCUUGGUGUGCUGCCAACUGGCCUACGAUGCCUUCGAAAGCAUUUUGGACAUUGUCGGCGGCGAAGGCGAGCGAAAACGAGCCGAGGAACUGAUGAAGAGGGUCACCAUUUAUCCGGAUGUGGAGGAAAUACCCGAGGAAUUCUCCCACAUACGGUUCACUGCCAAUGUGAACGAGCGAAGUCUGAAAAUCUUUAGUUUCGGCAUGGCCAGGCAAAUUUUCACCGUGACUUCUAAUAAGGCUUUCGUAAGAUCAGCUAAAAUGCAGGGUAUCAAUGUGCCUGUUUUUGUCCAUGCUUCCGUUGCUCUUACUGAGGGUAAACAGGCCACAGGAAGACCUCUUUAAGAACACAAGUGUUAACUAUUUAAAUAUAUUUUAUGUGAUUUUUUUUUUGAAAAAAUUAACCUAUGAAAAUAU